AGGCAUCAAUGACAGUGAUAAGCAUGGCCGAACUACUAUUUUGGUUGACACAAGUCCCCCCUGUUUACUCUGGGAGCAUGGGAGCGGACAUCAGGACAGUGGUACUUGCAUGGGGGAUCUCCAUUUUCAAACCUUGCCACCGCAAAGUCUGCUUUCAAGCCGGGAAGAAGGUAAAGUUUGUGCCGGCUCAGUGGCUUAGGAAAGGAUAUAAUUUCAAAAUGCUGGGCUCCAGAGCAUUUCUGUUGCAGGUGUGUUUGAGUUUAGUGGUUUCUACUGGCUCUUGUACCUGUAAACCACUCAAUAAUGACAUCCAAAGCGAGGACCCUGAGGGAUUCUACUCUCAGCUGUCAGAGGAAGACCUUCUAGAGGAGGAAGACACAGACUCGAGGAUGGAGAACCUCCUGGGAACCAUGAAGGAGGGCUUUUUGAGGAAACUCAACCUGUCAGAUGUUCCUCAAGAGCACAGCAAGAUCUACCCUCCUCAGUUCAUGAUGGAGCUCUACAACAAGUACGCCUCAGACAGCUCGGCAAUCCCUCAGUCUGAUGUCAUACGAAGUUUCGUUGUCCAAGAUAUCACGCUCUCUGUGACCAACGGCACAAAGUCAAAGCACAGGCUGCAGUUCAACAUCAGUGUCCCCAGCCAUGAAAAGAUCACCGUGGCUGAACUGCAGCUCUUCUUCAUCCCAGAUGCCAGGUCAAGGGUCCCCUCCCACAGUUUCAAGUCCACUAUCAAAGUUUAUGAAGUGAAUCACAACAAUUUGACACCCACAACCCAACUGCUGGUAGGCAAAGAGGUGACGGGCUCAGAGAGCAUGUGGACGACAUUUGAUGUGACCACAGCUAUUCAGAGCUGGAUCAAGUCAGGAAAUGGAGCGACUGUUUUUGAUGUGGUGGUGGACAGGAAAGACUGUUGGGCGUCAGAUAGUGGAGCAGAGGUAGCAGGCUGUUUAAAUAUGAGCAUGUCUAUUGGUGAUAACACCUCAGCGGCUUUAAUAGUCUUCUCAGAUGACCUGGGUAGCAGAAGAAGGGAGGCAAAGAAGGAACUAAGAGAGAUGAUCCUCCAUGAAGAAGAAACCAUCUUACACUCGGGCGCCGACUGGAACAGAGGAGGGCAACUUCCAAAUGAGAUCCCGGAAGCUCAGCAUUCACGGAGAAACAAAAGAAAGGCAGAGAGGGAAUACUGCCGGCGGACCUCGCUUAAGGUCAACUUCAAAGACAUUGGCUGGGACAGCUGGAUUGUGGCGCCUCCGGAAUAUGACGCCUUCGAAUGUCGAGGCCUUUGUUACCACCCGCUGACAGACGAAAUGACCCCAUCCAAACACGCCCUCAUCCAGACACUGAUCAACAUCAGGGACCCCAAGAAGGCCAACAUGGCGUGCUGUGUCCCCAUCAAACUGGACCCCAUCACAGUCAUGUAUCAGGAGAAUGGACGUCUCACUAUAAGAUACCUGUAUGAGGAGAUGAAAGUGGCAGAAUGUGGCUGCAGGUAGUUGGAGAGGUUUGGUUUCCUUUGGUAGUAGCGCAGGUAAUUGUAAUGGUUCAGAAUGCAUUUGAUUCAAGUAAAUCAAAGCAUUGGAUGAGAUAUUUUUUAAAAAUGUCAACUUCAUAGUGGCACAAAAGGAAAAGUCAUACUGUAUAUAUACUUUAUGUAUAUAUUUACACAGCAGCCAUGAAAUUAGCAUUAGAAAUUGGCACUCAGCAUUUAGAGUUUAUGCACUUCCUUUAAAUUCCCAAAACUCAAAAAUAGAAAUGAAAUGGUAUUUAGAACCUUUGAUCUUUGCUAAAAUGUCUUUUUAUUUCAUUUCACAUGGUAACACCACUGAGCAGAAAACCAAAGGAAACAGAAAAGUUUUUACACUCUAUAUUUAAUACUUACUGCCUGUACAUAAAAAGCUUAUCCUUGUAAUGCCUUGGCUUAAUAUGUUUCAACUUUAAAACUAGUAAAAUGUUUGUUUUUUGUUGAUUUUUGUUAUCGUUUGUUGUUUUUUCCUCUAGUAAAUAAUGUAAAACAACAAACAACAAAAUGUUUAAAAAAUAUAUUUUUUGUUAAUCUUAAACAGAUCCACUGAUAUUAUAUAUAAUAUUUGUUAAACAAAAAAAAUGACUAGUUGGCAUUAAUAGGAUGACAUUUAAUCACAUCUGUUCAUCUGCUAAUCCUGUGCUAGACAUGAUGUAAAUCUGUAUAUUACUAUUUUAAGUGUGAUUUGUUUAUAUUAAUAUAUAUUUUGUAGCAGUCUGCAAAUUACUGCCACGUAGACUUGUACAGGAGGUUCAGCUUAGCACAAUGGUCAGUUUAUGUAUGCUGCAUUGCUGCUGUUAUUUCUACCAUAGAAGAAACUGUCUAGAAAGUUCUGUAAUGUUAUGCCGGACAGCUGUAGCAAACUUCUACAGCGGACAUGACUGCAAGGUCUGUAUUUAUCACUGUGAGACUGACAUUUUCUAAUGUUAAAAUGAUCCCAAAUUUCACGUAAUUGCAGUUAAACAUAAGAUAAUCCUUUAUUAGUCCCACAAUGGGGAAAUUUACAACGUUUCAGUCUACCAAAUCUAUAAUAAGAUCUGCCUCCCCCUUUGUCAGAGCUGCUGACCCUAAAAUAACCCAGUCCUUCCAGCUUUAAGUGAAGAGUUUCUACUGUACUGUGUGUCUCAUGACGUCUGGUUUUGAGGUUUUCCAUCUCUGAAAUGAAUAAAUAAAAAUCUUGGGAAAAUU